AUGACAAGCCACAUCCCCAGCCUAACACUACCAAGCUUCUUCUUCGAGAACCCAGCCGUCGCCAUCCUGCUGCCCGUCGUCUGUGGCACAGCAACCGGCUUCGCCAUCAGCCCCAGCGCCUCCCAGCGAUCCUACCGCGCGCUCAAGCAGCCACCCCUGCACCCACCCGGCUACGUCUUCGGCCCAGUAUGGACAGCGCUGUAUGCGACCAUGGGCUAUACAGCCUAUCGCGCAUACACGACGGGCACUUCCUCGAUGAACCCUCAGACCGUUGCUCUUGCCAAGCACGGCGCAACCCUCUACACCCUCCAACUCGCCCUCAACCUCCUCUGGACCCCCCUCUACUUCGGCAUCGGCCGACCCAUCGCAGCCACCAUUGACAUCCUAGCCCUCGGCGGCACCGUCGCCUGCCUAACCAACAUCUGGGGCCAAGUAGAUCCAACCUGCGGAUGGCUAUUGAGCCCAUACAUGGCCUGGCUCGGCUUCGCAACCUAUCUCUGCGUUGGCUCGGGCUAUUUGAAUGAUUGGGACUUUGGCAAUGUGGUGAAGAAGGAGUAG